ACUAGUUUUCAUUUGUAAACAGUGGCAGCGCAGGAUUCGGAGACCCUCGGCUUUCUUCGGCUCCUCCGCUUUGGAGAUACCGUCCGACUUCCUGGUGCCGAAGCGCUUGGGAAGGGGGUUCGGGUGCUUGUAUGAGGUCCGGAAGUGCGUGGGUUGCGCCCUGGGGUUUGCUGGGAACUUGGAGAUAGCGGAGGUAGCCGAAGCUCACGGACUCGUGUGACUUCCUUCUGAGGUCCCCCGGGGUGAGGACCGAGAGGUAAGCUAGGAGGAUGUCACUGAAAUCACCUGCUGCUUGGAUAUCACCAUCCUCCUCCUCUACUUUAUCCACUACUCCAGACAAUUAUUCCUUCCUCUCCAUGUCUUACUUCACUUCACAGGAGAUGAAGUGUGUUCUACAUUGGUUUGCCAACUGGUCAGAUCCCCAGCGUGAGCGUUUCCUGCAGGAUUUGGUAGCUAAGGCAGUGCCAGGCAAAUUACAGCCCCUCUUAGAAGGAUUGGAACAGCUUAGUGUGUCUGGAGCAGACCGACCACCACACAUUUUUGAUUGCCAGCUUCGACUCUGGGAUCAGUGGUUCCGAAGUUGGGCUGAGGAAGAACGCAAUGAGUUUGUGAGACAACUGGAGGUCAGUGAGCCAGACUUUGUAGCAAAGUUUUAUCAAGCAGUGGCUGCUACAGCUGGUAAGGACUAAGAGAAGUCAGUAUUGUAAAAAACAGUAUAUGACUCUUAAGGAGUUGACAGCUUGGAUGUGGGAAUGCCUAGAUGUGAAGGAAAUGUCUGGGAUGACACCCAUGUCUGUUUUCAGAAUUAUUGUUGUUGGACUCCUAGCCUGUGGAUCACAACUGGUUUUAAAAACAAAGCCAGACCUCAUUGUUAGCUAUUCUGUUUCCUUCACAUUGUCCUAAAAUUCCUAAAACUCUGUCAUCCUGACUUCCUUUGCAAGCUUUGAAAAGAAGCCUGACAUCAGGAAAAGGUCUCCCUAAAAUUGGUCCACUGGAGGGGGUGAAGGAUGGAGGAGUAAAUGGAACUCCUGAGAAGGGAGCAAGCAAUGGACAAUAAGUUACCAGGUGCGCUUCAAAAAGCUUAGCUAAAUCUAGACCAAUGAGCUACUUACUGUACCCUAUCUGGUUUGGUUUAUAAGCUAAAUGUUGGGGUAUCAAUGGGUCAGUCAAAUGGAGGGAUAGAACAGAGAUGAUUACAUGCCAAGCUUAAGGAGCUUUGGUUCUUAAAAUGUUUAUGAUAUUUUUGGAGUCAGUAACAAAAGUUCUUAUUUCAAAACUUUGCUCUAUGAAGAUUAAGAAAACAAAAGUUAUGUCCUAUGUAAUGGAAGGUUUAUUUUUAUAAUUCAAGAAAUAUGAGAUUCUGGGAAUACAAAGACCAAAAAUGGCCUUUGCCCAUAAUGAGCAUACAGAUACUUGUACAAGAAUAAAAGGAUGAUCUUGUUUAGUCUAAA